AUGGUUGGAAAAUUGAAACUGAAAGAUGCUUUGGAGUAUUCCAAGCUUAAGAACCAGAUGAAGAACGGCAACAAGAAGCAGCAAGCGCGGGCGCCCAAGAAGCCCGUUCAAAAGGUUGAGGCUGAUGAAUCAGAAGAAGAAGAAGAAGAAGAAGAUGAUGAAUCAGAAGAAGAGGAAGAAGAAGAAGAAACUAAGAUUGACAUUGAGCAUCCGAUUUCUAAGAAAGACAUGCGUAAGCUGAAGAAGGAACUGAAGAAGAAGGGCAAGACUCUGGAAGACGUGCUGCCUAAGGAUGAGGAAGAUGAAGAAGAAGAAGAAGAAGAGAAGGUGCCCAAGCUUAUUGAUACCAACAAGCUUGUUGAGAGCGACAGCGAAAGUGAGAUUGAAGACAACAAGGAGGACGAUGAUGAUGAUGAUGAUGAAGAGGAAGAGGAAGAGGAAGAGGAAGAGGAAGAGGAAAAGGAAGAGGAAGAGGAAGAUGUUGCACUUUCUGAUGCCGAAUUUGAUGAUGAUGCUGACGUGAUUCCAUUUCAGAAGCUUACAGUCAACAACAAGCAAGCUCUGCAACAGGCUCUGCAUGCCAUUCAACUGCCACGUGGUUCUGGUCUCAAGUUCAACGAGCAUCUCAGUGUGACUUCCCCUGAGCCUCUGGCCCCACAGAUCAAGGACGUUUUUGACGAUUUGGAACGUGAGCUUGGGUUUUACAAGCAAGGUCUUGCAGCUGUUGAGCUUUCACGAGUACAGUUACGUCGGGAUAAGGUUCCAUUUUCUCGGCCUACAGACUACUUUGCAGAGAUGGUGAAGUCUGAUGAGCAUAUGGACAAGCUUAAGGCGAAACUUGUUGCGGACGAGACUGCCAAGAGAGCGCAACAAGAUGCACGCAAGCUGAGGGAGCUUAAGAAGUUUGGAAAACAAGUGCAACACGCCAAGUUACAGGAGCGGGCCAAGGAGAAGCGUGCGACUCUGGAUAAGAUCCAAGGUCUGAAGCGAAAGCGGGCUGGCAACGAGAUGACAAGUGAGGACUUUGAUAUUGCUGUUGAGGAAGCUGCAGCUGCCAAGGAAGAGCGGGGUGGCCACAAGGGUGGUAGUUUCAAUGCGAAGCGCAAGGCCAAGGACCAAAGAUAUGGGUUUGGUGGUAAGAAGAAGUUUAAGAAGAGUAAUGAUUCAGCAUCUUCUGGAGACGUUUCUGAUUUCAAUCGUAGAAUGAAGGCUAACCGUACUGGUGGUGGUGGUAGCAGCAGCAGCGGUGGUGCUCCCAAGGGUAAGCGUCCUGGUAAGAGCAGACGUCAACAAGGCCGAAGAUAG